AUGACCGUAUAUAUAGGCUGGGGAAGGCGGUCGAAGAAACGACCCCAACGAAAAAGUCCUUCUAGAGGUGGAGAUCCUGUUGCGGAUACUACAGCUGCAGAAAGCGGCCCUGCUUCACAGUCCGCGACAGAGUCGUUCAGUGCUCAAACAACAACCACUACCACCGAUACGUCUAAUAGCUACAUAUUAUCAUCACACGCAGAUGUUGAUUCAUGCCAACGAAAUAAUGACAUAAGAUAUCAACCAAGAAACGUUGGCGUCCAAAGUCCCGAUAAUACAAAUCCAGCACACGGCUCAGUAUCAGAACAAUCACGAUCGCUCCCGGAACACCCCCGUACAUUAGUGAAUGGGGUAUAUUAUGCGCAUGAUCCGAACUCUCUUCCAGAACCUUUAGGUCAAGGUUACAUGGCAUGGGCAAUGUUGGAGCGCGAAGCAGCAAGCCAAUCAUCACCACGACAUCCAGGAGAAUCGAGGUGGAACAACAGAACCUUACGGUUUUGGCACUUAUCGACAGAUUUCAAUAGAUUUCGGAGUAAAAACGAUGAAGAUGAUUUGAGUCAAAGCUGUACUCGAGACGGAGAACAAAGGCACAACGCGGGGGAUGGCACCGGUUCUAAUCGUCGUCGUCCGUCUUCAACACCAGCUUUGAAUAGAGAUUUGACACUUCAGCGGCCAUACACUGCGCCUCCUCACCAAUUGUGA